AUGGUAGAAGCAAACGCUAAGUUCUCCGUGAAGAACCUCUUCAAUGUCGAGGGGCGGGUUGCCGUCAUCACCGGCGGCAGCACUGGUAUCGGCCUUAUGAUCGCCCAGGCCUUCGCGAACAAUGGCGCGCGGGUUUACGUGACUAGUCGGCGCGCGGAGACCCUUGAGAACGCUGCGAAGAAAUGGGGUUCUGAGCUUGUCCACCCACAGGGCAAAAUUAUUCCUGUCACCGCAGACAUCACGGACAAGGCGUCCAUCAAGACGCUUGCAAAGGAGAUCGCGAAGCAGGAGAAGCACAUAGACGUACUUGUGAACAAUGCGGGUAUCGAUGGCGACACAAGCAGCGUCGAAAAGGGCCACGAGAGUGUGCAGGCGCUGCAAAAGGAGCUUUGGAAUGAAGAGUUCCAGAUGUGGCAGGACGUAUACAAAACAAACGUUAUCGGCUACUUCUUCACUACUGUUGCGUUCUUGCCCCUGCUGUCUGCCGCGGCGCGCGGCAACCACACUGGUAGCGUCAUCAACAUCUCGUCUAUAUCGGGCAUCACGAGGACGACGCAACACCAUUACGCGUACAACACGUCGAAGGCCGCGACGAUCCAGCUCAACCUGCUCCUUGCGCAGGAGUUGCGCCGCCCGGGUGUCAAAGUCCGCGUCAACUCCAUUGCCCCAGGUAUAUUCCCCAGCGAGAUGACGACUUCCGGGUCCGACGACAAGAACAAGUCGGCCAUCCCUGUUGACGAGUCAUACGGCGAGAAGAAGGGCAUCCCGGCGGGCCGCCCAGGGCGGGAGGAGGACAUGGCGCAGGCCGCGCUUCUGCUUGCUUGCAAUGAGUACAUGUAUGGUCAGGUCGUGGCUGUCGACGGCGGAUAUCUGCUCGAGCACCCAUAA